CUGUGCGCGUUCACGUGAGAGGAGCACACGGGCCGGCUGAGCAGCAAGAAGGAUGGAGGUCCGACCUGACAGGUUCAAAGCGGUCGCGGCCAAAACUCUAGGCAGAAUUAACAGGUUGAUUGACAAGCAGCAGCCCAAUGGAGAAACCAUUGAGCUGUCCGCCGAGGGCCGUCCAGAGCUGGUUCAGGAGAAGGAGCUGCCGGUGGUGGACUGUACCUGCUUCGGCUUACCCAGACGCUACAUCAUCGCCAUCUUGUCCGGCCUGGGCUUCUGCAUCUCCUUCGGCAUCCGCUGCAAUCUGGGCGUGGCCAUUGUGAGCAUGGUCAACGACCACACCGUCUACAAAGGCAACAAGGAAGUGCUUGUGGCUGCGCAGUUCACUUGGGAUCCAGAGACGGUGGGCAUGAUCCACGGCUCCUUCUUCUGGGGCUACAUUGUCACGCAGAUCCCCGGAGGUUUUAUAUGUCAGAAAUUUGCAGCCAACAGAGUGUUCGGCUUUGCCAUCGUGGCCACGUCCACCCUCAACAUGCUGAUCCCGUCUGCCGCUCGCUGCCAUUACAGCUGCGUCAUACUGGUCAGAAUAUGUCAAGGCCUUGUUGAGGGUGUGUCGUACCCGGCUUGCCACGGCAUUUGGGCAAAGUGGGCUCCUCCGCUGGAGAGAAGUCGAUUAGCCACCACGGCCUUUUGUGGAUCGUACGCCGGGGCUGUUGUGGCCAUGCCUUUAGCUGGGAUACUGGUGCAAUACACUGGGUGGCCUUCUGUAUUCUACGUCUAUGGCAGCUUUGGAAUAUUCUGGUACUUGUUCUGGGUCCUGGUGUCCUACGAGAGUCCAGCUGCCCAUCCCACCAUCACACCAGAGGAGAGGAAGUACAUUGAAGAAGCCAUCGGAGAGUCGGCGUCGUUUCUCAACCCACUUCACAAAUUUAAGACGCCCUGGAAACAGUUCUUCACCUCCAUGCCUGUCUACGCCAUCAUUGUGGCCAACUUCUGCAGGAGCUGGACCUUCUACCUGCUGCUCAUUAGCCAGCCGGCCUACUUCGAAGAAGUCUUUGGCUUUGAGAUCAGCAAGGUGGGCAUGGUGUCAGCUUUGCCCCAUCUAGUGAUGACCAUCAUCGUUCCAGUGGGAGGCCAGCUGGCGGACUACCUUCGAACCCACAACCUGAUGACCACCACCAACGUCAGGAAACUCAUGAACUGCGGAGGUUUUGGUAUGGAGGCCACCCUCCUACUAGUGGUGGGAUAUUCUCACACAAAAGGCAUCGCCAUCUCCUUCCUGGUGCUUGCCGUUGGCUUUAGCGGCUUUGCUAUCUCAGGUUUUAAUGUCAAUCACUUGGACAUUGCGCCUCGAUACGCCAGCAUAUUAAUGGGCAUUUCAAACGGGGUGGGAACAUUGUCUGGAAUGGUGUGUCCUCUUAUCGUGGGAGCCAUGACCAAACAUAAGACACGCGACGAGUGGCAGUACGUCUUCCUUAUAGCGUCGCUGGUUCACUAUGGAGGAGUUGUUUUCUACGGACUCUUUGCAUCUGGAGAAAAGCAACCCUGGGCCGACAUCGAAGACACCAGCCAGGAGAAGUGCGGCAUCAUCGACGAAGACGAGCUGGCCAACGAGACGGAGGAGCUCUACCGCACCGGCGCCGGCCAAUACGGGGCCAUGAGCCAACAACAGGUGGUCGGUUCAAACGGAGGAGGCGGGGCCGGAGGAGGCGGGCCCGGAUGGGUGUCGGACUGGGAUAAAUCUGAAGAGUACGUGCAGCCGCCUGGACACAACUCGUACAAGUGCAGCGGAGUCGAGGAGCCGAAGGUGACGUAGAAAAGAGAUGGACCUAAUACGAGCGUGUACCAAACUUGACAAAGAGCCAGAAAAGGAAGGGAAGAAUGAUUUUUUUCUUGUGUGGAUUUGACAAUAUACAUAAACACGUACACGAUUCAUAUGCUCAGCUCAUCCUCCCUGACGCACAGCUCGCUGUGAUUGGUCCAUUUCUCUCUCGACGAGGAAGUACGGCAACAUCUCCCUUGUGUUGUAUUUUGAGUCUAAUGUUUAAGCUGCACUAUUUUUUUUUCUCCAGGGAGCGCAUGUAGAGGUUUGAAAUAAGAAUAAUGUUCAUUGUGGAACCCCCCCCACCCCCCUCCAUGAAAUCAAUACAUAUUUGACACGUGGAGUCUAGAUGAAGCUCACCUGUGUCUGACCUAACUAGGUCAUGCCUAUCUAGUCUCACGGGUCACUCAUACCAUGAGUAAUCAGCCGACACUCGGGACUCUUUGUUUGAUGUGGAGACAAGCACAGAGUGUUGUUAACUGUUUUGGCAUCGAAUGUACAAAAUAGUCCAAACACGAUGUGUGUGUCUGUGGGGGAGGGAGUGUUAAGUCUUCUUGUUCUCUUCCACUUUGUCAUUCAGCGCUCUUUGUCUGAUUCCUGGAAGGCAGCCAUUUGAAAUGUGUUGUUCCGUCAGUUGGGUACAGGUGCUGCUGAUAUGUUGUGCAGUGAGCAUGUUGUAAUGAGCACAGCGGUGCAAAUCCCCCGUCAUCCCUCAACUCCUUUAACACGCAAGGUGAUUGUCUCAUGAUGUGAGCAGACUUCCAUGCCAUGCAGUGUGCACCAUUUGGCAAACUCCAAAGUGACUGCGGCCGGCCGGCCGGCCGUCUAAAAGGAAUUUGGACGCAGUGGCAGCUGGGUAAUGGAGUCACAGCACCAGCACAUAGACAGAGCCAAGACAGGAGGCGUGUUUACACGCGCGCACAAAACCCACGCACAAAGCUGCACUCUGCAUGCAUGCAACAGUUAUUUAUUUAUUUUUUAUUUGACUUUUGUUUUUUCAGGUCUGUUGUCAAAUUUCUGAUCUUGAAAUUGUGAUUUUGGAAUGUUAAGGAUUUAUUUUGUUGUACAAUUGAAAUGUUGCGAAAAAGAUGAAUGAUUAUUCCAGUGAACAUUUUCGGUUUUCAGUGUUGUAUCGGUGUGUUUUUAAUCCACUUUUCUUCUUUGUCUCAGUUUAUGGCCGUUCCAUUGUUGCUUUCCUCAAUCUCAAUGAAAUGUGUUGAAACGUGAUGGAAACUAAACAAUUCAAUCUUAAAUAUUUUAAGAUGCAAAAAAAAUGGAUGUACAGAGGAUGUAUAAUGUGAAAUAUCCUUGUCUAUAAUAAAACCUUAGCAGCUAUUU